GGACAUCGUCACACCGCAGCAUCAUGAAGACCUUCAUCGUUCUAGCUUUGGUAAUCGUCGCCACUUUGGCAGCCCCCAAAUCGCCCCUUCAUAAGAAAUGGGCUGAUUUCAAGCUGACCCACAAGAAACAAUACAGCAACCCCUUGGAGGAAGUUCGCCGUAUGGCCAUCUUCAACGACAACCUGGCCCAGAUCGAGGAACACAACGCCAAAUACGCUAAAGGAGAAGUCACCUACAGCAAAGCCAUCAACCAAUUCGGUGACCUGACCAAGGAGGAAUUCUUGGCUUACGUCAACCGCGGCAAGGCCACCAAGCCCGUCAAGAACGAGAAACUGGCCAAGAAGUGGGUGCCUUCCAAGAAACCCGCUGCCGCCCAAGUCGACUGGAGAGGCAACGCCGUCACCGAAGUCAAGAACCAGGGACAAUGCGGAUCCUGCUGGAGUUUCAGCACCACUGGCUCCGUGGAAGGGCAAUUCGCCAUCAAUCGCGGACAACUCAUUUCUCUCAGUGAACAGAACUUGAUUGACUGUUCUACUGGGUAUGGUAAUGCCGGUUGUGACGGUGGUUGGAUGGACAGUGCCUUCGACUACAUCUACGACUAUGGUAUCAUGAGCGAAAGCGCCUACCCCUACGAAGAACGACUUGACAACUGCAGAUACGACGCUUCUCAGUCUGUCACCAGCAUCAAUGGAUACUACGAUCUGCCCUAUGGAGACGAAAACGCUCUUGCCAACGCUGUCUCCAACAAUGGUCCCGUUUCUGUGGCUAUUGACGCCACCGAUGAGCUCCAGUUCUACAACCAGGGCAUCAUCUACGACACCACUUGCAACGAAAGAGACCUCAACCAUGGUGUCCUCGUCGUAGGAUAUGGUUCCGAAGGUGGUUACGACUACUGGAUCGUCAAGAAUUCCUGGGGAGGUAGCUGGGGAGAAGGUGGUUUCUACAGGACCGUCCGCAACUACAACAACAACUGCGGUAUCGUAUCUGCUGCUUCAUACCCAUCUUUGUAAGCAAAUCUCCCAGAACCUUACGAUGUAAACAAUAGCACAAUAAAAUUUUGAAAUUUUCAACAA